GGACCAGCAAAAAGAAGAGAUUGCCAGUAGGAAAAGUUGCAUUUUCUUUGGAAAAUCACUUUCCUCAGGGCACUAGUAAUCAUUUUACGGACAGAGUUUCUAUUAAUUAUCGAUUCGUGCUGUUAUUAUUCGAGAUUAAAGUAAAUCGAAGACAAUUUCGAAGAGGUUGGCGCUUUGAAUUUAUGAAGUAAAAGACAUCUCUGUGUGUGGUGUUUUCACCGAUAUCUGGUUGCUGUCAUUUGUGUGUGCUAAAAUAUCCGGAUAAGGUUUCUUUAAAAAAUAAAAUGACCACCUACGCAACCGACAGCCAAGGGAAGUUUAUUCCGGCUUCACAGCGCCCUGAUGGUACCUGGCGCAAGCCAAGACGCAUACGUGAUGGAUAUGUUCCACAGGAAGAAGUACCUUUGUACGAAAGCAAAGGUAAACUCUUUGCUCAGAAACCGGUUCUACCCCCCGGAUUACCACCGGAGAUGGCUCACAAGGCGAAGGAGAAACGUGAGAAAGCAGAACGUGUCAAGCAACAGCGAGAAGCUGAAUUUUCUCGUCGGAACACUCAAAAUUCCAUCCCUGGCUUGUUGAUAUUGGCACAGGAUGAUAAAACGUAUCAACAGCAGCAGCAACAUCAAAGAUCGCGACCAGCGAAUUCUAAACCGAAGAAGAAAACGGUCGAAUUACCUGAUGUCCUUCUGGAGCAGAAGCAGAAGGAGGAUCAAAACCGUGCACGUCCUCAAACUCUACAGAAUCAAAAACAAGGAAGAUCUAAACAACAGCACCUGACUGACGUAACAAAAGCUAUGGGUGACUUACAGCUAACGGGACUUAGCGAUGGCCAUCCUGAUCUCAGCAAGAAAUUGCGCAAAUUACGGAAGAAAAUUCGCGAAAUCGAAGUAAUUGAAGAGCGGUUACGAUCGAACGAUUGUCCGCGUCCAGACAAAGAUCAGAUUGAAAAGGCUAAGCGGAAACCGGAAAUCUUAAAGGAGAUUGAAGAGUUGGAACGAAGUAUGCCUAAAUGAUGACAAGCCGCAGCAACUGCUGCGACAGUCUACGCUGCCACCGCCGCUGCUCUUAACUCCAGCACCACAUUUACCACUCAAGUUUCCGUCGCUUUCAAUGCGAAGAGGAAAGAGUGACAUUCGCCUUGUACAAAGAGAUACGCUGCAUACAAAAAGAAACCCAGCUAGAGAAACUAUUAGGGGCGCGUAAUUUUACUCUAAUGUGGAAUAAUUUUACAAUUUGUUUCUUUUUCUUCAAGUAUAACUAAUCUUUCAAUUAGAUUAGUGUUUCGACAGUUUAGUUUCCUGAUUAUAUAGUUCAAAAGUUUUCCUCUGAUUAAGGAAUAACCUGUAGCCUUUCUGGAAAUGGUCUUAUCUUUGCCGCAUUAAAAAAACUAUCAAUGUUUUAAUCAAUUGUAAAUGUAAUUUUAUUGAUAAAUUUAUGUAAGAAACAAUUUAUCUAGGCAGCAAAGUUUAGCCAGCAUAUACAAGUACAGAAUAUAGUUCGGAACACUAUUUAGCGCAGCGUCGUAUUUUAAACAGGGUGUUCUUGCAACACCACAGAUAAACUCUAGCACAGUAGUCCCGCCAUAAAACAGCUAAUCAUCAAGCUCGAAACUCAUUUUGUUAACCAUUCAAUUUUUUAUUUUGUUCAUUAUAGAACAGAUUCAGCCAACCAUUUGCCAGUCACUGUAGUUUCCAGAAAAAAACUUCCAUCUUUCUCAUUAAGUAAACCUGUUGGCUAAUUGUGUACCAACAAACUCAAUUUAUAAACUCUAUACAAGCGAAAAGCACGUUGACCUACAAUGACCGUGUGUUGAGUAAAUGAAUGAGUAGUAAAUAAAUUGAAAACAAAAAUCUACACCACUAGAAUAAACGGCUACAAACCGAUUAAUGUUUAAAAUGAUUGUUGACAGCAAACAAACAAAAAAGCAUACCUAAUUGUGAACGUAAGUGAAUGAU